UUCACUUUUUUAUAGUUAGUCCGGUUAGUCUAUUGUUUUUUUUUAUGUGGAUGUCCACGUUUAUGACCAUGUAAGAGAGCCACGAGUACAUUCGUACUUAUACUUUGCUAAUGAUAGGCUUAAAUCUAAAUGCUUCAGACCUAGGAAAUUGUUCACAGCCAAACGUCUUUUUUUUUUUAACUUUGAAAAUUCAUUACUUUAUUGUGGCUCCAUUGCUUCUGAGGAAUGUCAAGGCUACGGCAUCGGCUUGUUUAAGCAUAUCUUCUUACAGCAGUAAUGAGAUAUCUGCGUAAAAUUGAUUCAUCCGAUCGCCAUAUUCAGUGUUCAUUAACGCGUAGAUGUAAUCGCAAUUUUGAUCCAGCUUAGCCUGCAAAAUUUUGAGGUACUGGACUGGUCAAAGAGAAUUCGACGACAUGAUCUUGUUUAGCGGUUAAAGGCGAGAAGAGUGUACGAGCUGCCACCUAGUGUUCUACACAUUUUUCGGCCAUUUGAUUAAAUCAUUUUCAUCCCUUUUCUGUCACCCACUGACAUAUAGUGGCACAUUUUACCAACCGUACUAAAUGUCGCCACCUUUAAGUGUCUUGAAAUUACGAUUAAUUAUUUUCUAAAUUUUUUUUUUCAAUUUUUUAAAAACAGGAAUAUUGUCAGGUCAUUGCGUUCAGAAUGACGCACGGAAUACCGUAGUACCGACGACCUCAGCGACCCCAACGAUAGCGUAAUUUUCGUGACAAUUUUUUCUUUAAAAUUGACACUAGUGCAAGGCGCUUCGGGUAGUAAAAUUUUAUUUUAAGAAUCCGGCUUUGCUAUUUCUAAGGAGAAAAAAUUGGCAAGCAUUGUUUGUAAAUUGGCACGUGACAAAUUCGCAGUUAAGGAACCAGGAAUAAUGCGAAAAACUUCGCUUCUCUUAAAAAAGGUUCAAGUAGUUAAUUUCACAUGGAUAUUUAGAGAAAUUUGUAGAUGUGGCCAUCGGCAUUACGCGUCGAAUUGAUUGAGAUUGAGCAUGUAAAAUUGUUUGUUAAAGUCUACGUAUAUCUCACAGAAACAGAAGAGAAACGUUGAUCUUUCGUCGAAAAGUACUUGUUCUAUCUUGCUCGACUUGUUUACAGUUAGACCUUGUUCAGGUAAAGAGAACGACAGCUCACGUGAUUUUAAAAUUGCUAGCAAGUUGCGUGUCACAAUACGCUAUUAUGUGUUUCAGGGUGUUUCUACAGAUGUCCAAUUUUAAUUCUCAAGUUUCAUCUUUUUAAAAUUUUGUCUUCUAUUUUGCAUUCUAUAAAAGAAAAUUAUCGAUAUUGCGGACAACUUAAAUUGACUUAGAUUCUUAGACUACCAGAUUGUUCCGAACAAGGUAAAAAUUUGGUUUCGGUUCGGUUUUUGGUUCAGAAACCGAUUCGAAGAAGCAUCACGAUUUCCAUGGAUCAAGAAUCUUGUGACCCCACCUAGAAAAGGAGCUAAUGCCAAUGGAAAUAUAGUAAAAAAAAAAAAAAAAAAAUGUAACAAAAACGACAACUGGAAACUCGUUUUUCCGGAAACUUCGCCUUCAGUGAAUUCGUUGCUGAACUUCAUUCCACUGGCUGGUUUGUUGUUGGUUGCUGGGGUUUGUCGAUGUCUUGUAUCCAACUCCGUACACCUGCGAUCAAUUCAGUCUAAUGAUGGAUUUUACAGCUUAUUUACUUUUAGCCAUUUUAUCUUGUUUUGGGCUAUUGCUCUGUUUGAUUCUGUUCUCUGACGGCGAUUUAACGUUGAUGCUAAAAGAGAAAUUCGGAGUACCGUUGGAUUCUGUCAAAGGAAAAGUGUAUUGGGUUGUCGGAGCUUCUUCUGGCAUUGGAAAAGAAUUAUCCUACCAGUUAGCCGCCCAUGGUGCAAAACUUGCGAUUUCCGCCCGACGGGAGAUAGAAUUGGAAAAAGUCAAAGCCGGAUGUCUAGCCGUCGGCAAAAAAGCCGGUUUGGUCUAUUCUGACGUUUUAAUACUUCCUUUGGAUGUAACUGAAGUCGAAUCGCAUCAAGAGCACUUUGAUUCAGUGCUUCGCCAUUUUGGAAAGUUGGAUGUGCUUAUCAAUAAUUCUGGUCGAUCCCAAAAAGCAGAAUUUCAAAAAAUAGAUCUUCGAGUGGACAAGGAUUUAUUUAAUACUAACGUUUUCGGUUUAGUUAACUUGAGUCGUGUCGUCCUACCAUAUUUCUUGGCUAAGGCACAAGGACACAUUGUGGUAACGUCUUCUGUUGCGGGCAAGUUGGGGGCUGCCUUUUCAGCCACCUACAAUGCUACUAAACACGCUUUACACGGUUAUUUUGAAACCGCAAGAUCAGAGUUGUACACUAAAGGUAUUUCCAUAACGAUGAUCUGUCCUGGAAUGGUUUAUUCGGAUAUUCUCUCUGCCUGUGCAACAGAAAAUCCCGAAGAACAACUAGGUGGGAAAAUUGGUGAAGAUGAAAAAAGAAUGAAAACAGAGCGAUGCGCAAAACUUUGCGCCGUUGCUAUCGUGAAUCAACUAGACGAAGUUUGGAUUUCCCUCAACCCUGUGCUUUUCUUCCUAUAUGUAUGCCAGUAUGCUCCUUCACUUGGCCGAAGCUUUCUUAGUCGUUAUGGGGUGCGAGCAGCAAUCAAAACGCGAGGUAAACGGGACGCUGGUGCCCCGAGGACAUUAGAUAGCAGUCGCAGAAGCUAAACA